AUGGCGCCGAUCAAGCGCAAGGGGAACGCCCCCGAAGAAACGGCUGCUCGUCAGCCGCAAAAGCGCGCCAAGGUCGGAGCGGAGGAGAGCAAAAAAGACUCCAAGCCUCAGGAUACUGCUCCGAAAGCUUCGGAGCUCUCUGUUCUCCGCGACGACGAACCGUCCUUCCCUCGUGGUGGCGGUAGCGUUCUGACUCCUUUGGAGCGCAAGCAAAUUCAGAUCCAAGCCAACAAGGAUGUAUUGUUCGAACAGAAGGGUCAGAAGAAAUCGGCCCGCGAAUUUGACGACGACAACGACGAUGACGAGGAUGAUGUUGAGAUGGAAGAUGGAGAUACCACAACCACCAAGAAAUCCCGGAAGAAGAAGUCGAAGAGCAAGAAGUCUGGAGACAAGGAACAGCCCGAAAAGGAGGGCGUGCGCAUUGAACCUCUCACCUAUAAGCGCAUUGUCCCCGGAUCUAUGAUCCUCGGCCAGGUUUCGAGCAUCAAUGCCCACGAUGUCGCCCUUUCGUUGCCCAAUAACCUGACAGGUUAUGUUCCUCUUACCUCGGUCUCGAAAGUUCUCGACGACAAGAUUGAGAAACUUCUCAACAACGAGGAUGAUGAGGAUGAUGAUGAGGACAGCUCUGAAGAGGAGACCUUCGACCUCAAGGAAUUCUUCUAUAUUGGUCAAUACUUGCGGGCUUACGUUGUUUCUACGGGUACUGAGGCCUCCGAAGCCGGUGGCCGCAGCAAGAAGCGCAUCGAACUGUCUCUCGACCCCAGACAAGCAAACACCGGCCUCAAGAAAUCUGACUUGGUGGAAGAGUCGGCUAUUCAGGCUUCCGUUGUCAGUGUCGAGGACCACGGUCUGGUCAUGGACCUUGGUAUCGAGGGCUCGGAUCUGAAGGGAUUCAUGUCUUCCAAGGAGAUUGAUCCUAAUGUGGACUACACUAAAAUUAAGGAGGGAUCGGUCUUCCUGUGUGUUGUUACUGGCCAGAAUGCCAGUGGCAAUGUCAUCAAGCUGUCUGCCAACCUCCAGUCCGCCGCUUCCAUCAAGAAGUCCCACUUUCUCAGCGCCGCCCCUACAAUCAACUCCUACCUCCCCGGUGUUGCGGCGGAGAUUUUGUUGACCGAAGUCACCGAGAACGGUAUGAUGGGAAAAAUUAUGGGUAUGCUCGACACAACUGUCGACUUGGUCCAGUCUGGUGCCAAUGACGGCAAGGUCGAUUUGGUGCGGAAAUUCAAGAUCGGUGCCAAGAUCAAGGGCCGUAUCGUCUCGACUUUCCCAUCCACUGAGCCCUUCAAGGUCGGCUUCUCGAUGCUCGACCACAUUAUUAAGCUUUCUUCCGACGCUCAUGGCCCUGGUUCAUCCGAAGAUGCACCCGCUAUCUCCGCCAUCGUCCCCGAAGCUAAGGUGGUUAAGGUUGACCCCGGUAUGGGUGUGUACGUGCAGAUCGGCGAAACUAAGCAUCUUGGUUUCGUUCACAUUUCAAGACUCUCUGAUGGCAAGGUCGAAUCUAUUUCGGACGACUCCGGACCUUUUAGGGUCGGAGCCACUCAUGAAGCCCGCAUUGUUGGGUAUAAUAAGCUCGAUAACCUCUACCUUCUUUCAUUCGAGAAGACUGUCAUUGAACAGCCAUUCCUCCGGAUUGAGGAUGUCACCGUUGGUGCUACCGUUAAAGGAAAGGUUGAGAAGCUUUUGGUCGGACCUUCCGGUAUUGAUGGUUUGAUUGUCAGCCUGGCUGAUGGCAUCACUGGUCUUGUCCCAUCCAUGCACUUUGCGGAUACCCAGCUUCAGUUCCCCGAGAAGAAAUUCCGCGAGGGUUUGAAAAUCUCCGCAAGAAUCCUGUCUGUCAACCUUGAGAAGCGUCAAAUCCGUUUGACCUUGAAGAAGAGCUUGUUGAACAGCGAAUCUGCUAUCUGGAAGGACUAUAAGGACAUCACUCCCGGAUCUCAAUCUCCUGGUACCAUUGUCAACCUUCAGGCUCACGGUGCCGUUGUCCAGUUCUACGGCACCGUCCGUGGCUUCCUUCCAGUGUCUGAGAUGAGCGAGGCAUACAUUAAGGACCCUGCUCAGCAUUUCAGACUGGGCCAGGUCGUCAAUGUGCACGCUCUGAGCGUGGAUGCCACUCAGGGCCGACUGGCAGUUUCUUGCAAGGACCCCUCGACUUUUACUGAAAAGUACCGCAAGGCCUUCGAGGACAUGCACCCUGGCCAGCUUGUUUCUGGAUCCGUCUUCGAGAAGUCAAACGAUGAUGUACUCCUCAAGCUUGACGACUCUGGUCUCGUGGCUCGUCUUGACGUGCAGCACAUCAUUGAUGGAUCGCCGUCCAAGCAGAGCGCGACUUUGUCCAAGAUUCGUGUGGGCCAGAAGUUGAACGAUCUUCUGGUUCUCGAUAUCCAGCGUGCUCACCGUCUCAUUCGGGUCUCCAGCCGGGCUAGUCUGAAGAAGGCUGUUAAGCAGGGCUCCAUGCCCCGUAAGUUCGAAGAGAUUCAGGAGGGAUCGACCGUCACUGGCUUCGUUCGCAACAUUACCCCUGCUGGCCUGUUCGUUGAGUUCCUGGGCGACCUCACCGGUCUUGUCCCUAAGCGUCUCAUUGAAGAUGCCAACAUUUCUCAGCCUGAGUUCGGCAUGUCAAGGGGACAAUCCAUCUCCCCGACAGUUCACUCGGUUGACAUGGACCUUCAGCGAUUCAUUCUUAGCCUGAAGCCCUCUGAGGCUACUCAUGCUGGCCCCAAGAAGACAAAGACGAAGACACCCACACAGACUGAUGACGCUCUUGCCAACCCCGUCGACGAGAACAUCUCCACGAUUUCCGACCUCGCCUUCGGCCGUGUUGUCAAGUGCAAGGUUGCCUCUAUCAAGGCAACUCAAGUUAAUGUUCAGCUGGCCGAUAACAUCCAGGGACGUAUCGAUGUCUCUGAGAUCUUCGACAAGUGGGAGGAUCUCAAGGACCGCAAGCACCCCCUGCGUUUCUUCAAAGCCAAGGAGGUUCUCUCUGCCAGAAUCCUCGGCGUCCACGAUGCUCGCAGCCACAAAUUCCUUCCCAUCUCCCACCGCACCGGCAAAUACCCGGUCUUCGAACUCUCUCUCAAGCCAAGUUUCAUGGAGGCUGUCAACCCCACCCUAUUGAACAUGGAACAGGUCAAGGUCGGCUCUUCGUGGAUGGGCUUUGUCAACAACGUUGCUGAUGACUGCCUCUGGAUCAACCUGUCUCCCAACGUGCGCGGCAGGCUGCGCUUCAUGGAUGCUUCGGAUGACCUGUCCCUUCUGACCGAUGUCGAGAAGAACUUUCCAAUUGGAUCUGCUCUCAAGGUCCAGGUUACCGCCGUCAAUUCAGACAAGGGUCACUUGGACCUUACUGCCAAGCAGGGCUUCGACAAGCUCUCCUUCGGAGACAUUUCCGUCGGCAUGAUUUUGCCCGGCCGAGUGACCAAGGUCACCGAGAAGCAGGUUAUCAUGCAGCUCGGCGAGGCGCUCGUUGGUGCAGUCAACCUGAUUGAUAUGUCUGACGACUACUCCAAGGCCAAUCCGACUGUGCACCGGAAGAACGAAGUUCUUCGGGCUUGCGUCGUCGCCGUUGACAAGGCCCACAAGAAGAUUUCAUUGUCUCUUCGCCCCUCCAAGGUCAUGAGCGCGUCUCUCCCCGUUCAGGACCGCGAAAUCACCUCGAUGAAGCAGCUCAAGCCCAACGACGUCGUUAGAGGUUUCGUCAAGCGGGUUGCUGACUCCGGUCUCUUCGUGGCUAUCGGUCACAACGUUACUGCCUACGUCCGUAUCUCUGACCUCUCCGACUCCUACCUCAAGGAAUGGAAGGACUCAUUCCAGGCGGAUCAGCUGGUCAAGGGCAGAAUUACUCUGGUUGACGCCGAACAAGGGAAGCUGCAGAUGACUCUCAAGGAGUCUGCCCUGGAACCCGAUUACAAGACCCCUGUCACCAUUGCGGAUCUUAAGACCGGCCAAGUUGUGACCGGAAAGAUACGCAAGGUUGAGGAGUUUGGCGCGUUCAUUGUCGUGGACGGCUCUAAGAACGUUAGCGGUCUCUGCCAUCGCAGCGAGAUGGCUGAGAAGCGCGUCGAAGAUGCUCGCACGCUGUACAAUGAAGGUGAUGCUGUCAAGGCUAAGGUUAUCAAGAUAGACCGUGAGCAAAACAAGAUCUCCUUCUCGCUGAAGGCUUCCCACUUCCAGGAUGAAGAGGAUGAGGACAGCGAGGACGAGGAUAUGAGCGACGAGCUUGGCGGCGUUGAGCUAGCUGGAAAUGAUGAGGAUGAGGAUGAAGAUGACGACGAUGUCUCCAUGGGAGGUGUCGAUAUCGAGGAGGGCAGUGAGGAGGAGGAGGAUGAGGAGAGCGACGAGGACGUCGCCAUGGCGGGUACCAAGGCGUCCAAGGCUGGUGGCCUCGGCGCAGAUGGCUUCGACUGGAGCGGCAACCUCCAGACCGAGGACAAGGCCGCAGCCUCCGACAGUGACGAGGAGGGUUCUAAGAAGAAAAAGAAGAAGAACCGCAAGCCCGAGAUCCAGGUUGACCGUACCGGUGACCUUGAUGCGAACGGCCCUCAGACCGUUGCCGACUACGAGCGUCUUCUUUUGGGUGAGCCCGACUCUUCUCUGCUGUGGCUUCAGUACAUGGCGUUCCAACUGGAGCUGGGUGAGGUUGAGAAGGCUCGCACCAUCGGUGAACGUGCUCUGCGCACCAUCACCAUGGGCCAGGAUUCGGAGAAGCUGAACAUCUGGGUGGCGAUGCUGAACUUGGAGAACACCUACGGCAACGACGACAGCCUUGAGGAGAUCUUCAAGAGGGCAUGCGAGUACAAUGAGCCGGCAGAGAUCUACGAUCGGAUGAUCAGUAUCUACAUCCAGUCUGGCAAGAACGAGAAAGCGGAUGAGCUGUUCAAGCAGGCUAUGAAGAAGAAGAUCUCUAACCAGUCGCCCAAGUUCUUCCUCAACUACGCCAGCUUCCUGUUCGACGCCAUGGCGGCCCCCGAGCGCGGCCGGGGUCUGCUCUCGCGAGCCCUACAGUCUCUCCCGACACACACGCACGUCGAGACCACUUCCAAGUUCGGACAGCUGGAAUUCCGGUCAGCAAAUGGCGACGUGGAGCGCGGUCGUACCGUGUUUGAGGGACUGCUGUCCUCGUUCCCCAAGCGCAUUGACCUGUGGAACAUCCUACUCGAUCUGGAGAUCAAGACCGGCGACGCGGAACAGGUUCGCCGCCUCUUCGAGCGUGUGCUGGGUCUCCAGAACAAGAAGGGUAACAUCAGCAUCGACGCUAGCAAAAAGGUCAAGCCCAAGCAGGCUAAGUUCCUGUUCAAGAAGUGGCUUGCUUUCGAGGAGAAGCUUGUUGCCGAGGGUGGCGAUGAGAAGAUGGUAGAGGAUAUCAAAGCGCGGGCUGCGGCUUACGUGAAGUCUCUGCAGGAGGAGUAG